AUGCCUCCCACAGCCCCAUCCACAUACCCCCGUCCAGACUUCUUCCGCGAGAACCUAUCCUGGCAAUCGCUCAACGGGCCCUGGUCAUUCCUCUUCGAUGACAACGACGUCGGCUUAACCCAGGGCUGGCACUUGACCCAACUCCCAGACAAGGUCACAGUGAACCCCACCAAGACCAACAGCACCGAGAAUACCGAGGCGCACAGCAUCACGGCCAAGAUCGCGGCUGGCACCCAGGAGCUACUGCAAGGCAACCAGUUCAAAAACGAGCAUACUGUGCAUGAGAAACGCGGCAUUCAAGUUCCGUUUGUUUUCCAGUGCCCUGCCUCGGGGAUUGGGGAAAAGGGCGUGCACGAGGUGUUAUGGUACGAGCGAGAAAUUGACGACCCAAGACCUGAACAGGGCAAGGCCGCUGGCGAUCUUGUCCUGCUGAGGUUUGGGGCCGUCGACUACGAGGCCAAGAUCUGGGUCAAUGGUAGCUUUUUUGGUGGCCAUCGCGGCGGACAUGUGCCGUUCGAUGUGGACAUCACCGAUGCUUUUGCAAAGGGGAAGACACAGCGGCUGACGGUGCGCGUGUUUGACUCUGCUCAUGAUCUGACACAGCCUCGUGGCAAGCAGUACUGGAAGGCACAGCCUGAGAGCAUCUUCUACACACCCAGUGGAGGCAUUUGGCAAAAUGUCUGGCUGGAGUCUGUGCCAGCUGUCAGGCUUGGAGAUGCGAGUGCAGGCACUCUGAUCCGAAGCAACGACAUUGAAAGCGGAAAUCUGGAAGCCAGCAUCAAAGUUCUCGGAAGACCAGCUGGGCACGAGUACAGUGUCGAGCUCGAGGCCAGCUUAGGCGGUGUUCUCAUCAGCAAAACGGAAAAGACUGCGCUGCCACGAGACUCGGACACUGUCGCUCUCAAGACGAACUUGCGUCUGUCCGAUUCCCAAGUCUCCCAAUUACCACAGCAUCUCACUUCUGGUGCUCCACCGUCCAACCCCAAAGCUUGGCUCAACAACCUCGCCCUGUGGUCUCCCGACCACCCAACCCUAUACGACCUAACCAUCCGUCUUUACACCUCUUCUCUCGGCACGCCCGUCGAUACCAUUCACACUACCACGGGCAUGCGCUCGCUGCACUGGGACAAAUCGACAUUUCGCCUCAACAACCGGCCAUACUUCCAAGCCCUCUUCCUAGACCAAGGCUACUGGCCCACCACCUUCAUGACGCCGCCGAGCCCCUCCGCCCUGAAACUCGACAUUGAGCUCGCGCAGGAAAUGGGCUUCAACGGCUGCCGCAAGCACCAGAAAGUCGAAGACCCGCUGUUCCUCUACUGGGCCGACCGCCUGGGCUUCCUCGUGUGGGGCGAAAUGGCAAACGCAUAUGCUUUCUCCGAGGCCUACGUCGAGCGCAUGGAUCAAGAGUGGCGUGAAGCCGUGCUGAGAGACCGCAAUCACCCCUGCGUUGUGGCGUGGACGCCAGUCAACGAGUCGUGGGCGUACACGGAUCUGCACACGAGCAAGCGGCAGAGAGACCACAUCCGCAGCUUGUACUAUGCGACCAAGGUGCUCGAUCCCACGAGGCCCAUCAACGAUAAUUGUGGCUGGGAACACGUGGUGACGGAUUUGACUACGUUCCACGACUACGCUGAUGUCGAAGAGUUGACAGCCACGUGCUCGUCGCUAGACGCCAUUAUGAAGAAGCAGGCGAAUCGGCCGACGUUUCUGGCGCCGAUUGAGAGUCUGGCUGAUCCGGGGUCAAAGCAUACGCCUGGUGCGCCUGUUAUCUGCACAGAGUUUGGUGGUGUCAACAUUGCACGCUCGGCUGCUGGUGGAGAAGGCGAUGGGAGUAGGGACUGGGGUUAUACGACUGCUUCAGACCCCAAGGAUUUGCUGAAGCGUAUUGAGAAGAUGAUCGCGGGAAUCGUCGAUGGAGGCCAUUGCUGUGGCUUUGUCUACACACAGCUUACAGAUAUCGAGCAGGAAGUCAACGGAGUGUACACGCCGGACCGGAAAGAGAAGCUGGAUGCCGCCGAAGUCAAAAAAGUGGUUGAUGGAGUAAUGGAAAGGUAUGCACGGAUGCACAGCCAAGGGUGA